AUGAAGCCCCAACUUGGCCGGGCAGUGCCCGGGAGAAGCAGAGAAGGGCCCCUGCCAGUGGUGCAGGCGCGACCCAUGGGCAUCCCCGAGACCCAGGGGACCAGCCCUCUCCCCUCCCACCGGAUUCACCAGCUCUGGACCCCUGGGAGGCCCUUCCUCGCUCUGGUGCUGCUGGCUUCCAUCAAGCAAGUUACAGGAUCCCUCCUUGAGGAGACAACUCGGAAAUGGGCUCAGUAUAAGGAGAAGUGUCUAAGAGACUUGCUCAAUGAGCCUUCUGGCAUAUUUUGUAAUGGAACAUUCGAUCAGUUUGUGUGUUGGCCUCAUUCUUCUCCUGGAAACGUCUCUGUUCCCUGCCCUUCCUACUUACCUUGGUGGAAUGAAGAGGGCUCAGGAAGGGCCUACAGACACUGCUUGGCUCGGGGGACUUGGCAGACGCUAGAGAACGCCACAGAUAUUUGGCAGGAUGACUCCGAAUGCUCUGAGAACCACAGCUUCAAACAAAACGUGGAUCACUACGCCUUGCUGUCCACCUUGCAGCUGAUAUACACUGUGGGAUACUCCCUCUCUCUUAUUUCCCUCUUCCUGGCUCUCACACUCUUCUUGUUUCUUCGAAAACUACACUGCACACGCAAUUACAUCCACAUGAACUUGUUUGCUUCGUUCAUCCUGAAAGCGCUGGUUGUACUGGUAAAGGAUGUCGUCUUCUAUAACUCUUACUCCAGAAGGCCUGACAGUGAGAGUGGGUGGAUGUCCUACCUGUCCGAGGUGUCCACCCCCUGCCGCUCCGUGCAGGUCCUCUUGCACUACUUCGUGGGUGCCAAUCACCUGUGGCUGCUGGUUGAAGGUCUUUAUCUCCAUGCUCUGCUGGAGCCCACUGUGCUUCCUGAAAGGCGGCUGUGGCCCAGAUAUCUGGUGGUGGGCUGGGCCUUCCCUACGCUGUUUGUUGUCCCCUGGGGCUUUGCCCGAGCACACCUGGAGAACAUAGGGUGCUGGGCGACCAAUGGGAAUAAGAAAAUCUGGUGGAUCAUCCGAGGACCCAUGCUGCUUUGUGUAACAGUUAAUUUCUUCAUCUUCCUGAAAAUUCUCAAGCUUCUCAUCUCUAAACUCAAAGCCCAUCAGAUGUGCUUCAGAGAUUAUAAAUACAGAUUGGCAAAGUCAACACUUGUCCUCAUUCCUUUAUUGGGUGUUCAUGAAAUCAUCUUUUCUUUCAUCACUGAUGACCAAGUUCAAGGAUAUUCGAAACUUAUUCGACUCUUCAUCCAGUUGACACUGAGCUCCUUCCAUGGAUUCCUGGUGGCCUUGCAGUACUGCUUUGCCAAUGGAGAGGUGAAGGCGGAGCUGCGCAAGUCCUGGGGCCGCUUUUUGCUAGCUCGUCACUGGGGCUGCAGAGCCUGUGUCUUGGGGAAGAACUUCCGGUUCCUAGGGAAAUGUCCCAAGAAGCUGUCGGAGAGAGAGGGUGCUGAGACACUUCAGAAGUUGCAGACUUCAUCUGGCAGCUCGAAUCUGGAAUCAGAGGCCCUGAGGGAGCUGGGUGCCAGGCCUCACAGGGGCCAUGGAGCUUGGCCCCGGGGCAGCAGCCUGUCUGAGAGCAGUGAUGGGGAUUUCACCCUGGCCAACACUAUGGAGGAGGUUCUGGAAGAGAGUGAGAUAUAAGGCAGGAUCCAUCACCUCAGCUCUGCAACUGAGGCCUCCUGAGAGAGAUACGGCUGAGCACAGGACCACUUUC